CGUUAACCAACCUGGGUUCUACAUAAUCUGUUUGGCUCCCUAUCGCGCCAAUGUCACCGAAAAUUCUAAUAUCGAUCAAUUUGCAAGUUUAUCCGAUCAAAUUUCACAGUGCUCGACUGACGUGAUAACGCUUAAUCGCGACAACACAGAGGAUGCUUGAGUGUGUGAUACGACAUGACAGUUAUAAACAAAAGCAAUUAUAGGUUACUUCAAUUAGUCGAUAUUACCGACACGAAAACUUUGAGGCUUAAGGUAGCAUGAGGCUUUUUGUUCUAAUUAAGAUAAUCAAUCUCUCAAGCUGCAUUGCUACAAAUUUGAUAACUGGCUCGAAAUUUCACGGCAUUAACUUUCAUACGCGAUGCGAUGAUCGGGGAAUCCUAAUGCACUGGAGAUAGGAAAGUAGAAAUCAAGAUGCGUUACGCGUAUGGUUGUAAAUAUAUACGUAAUGACAAGAGUCAUUCCUCUUAGUCUUUUUAACUUACCGAUCACGAUCGAAGCUUAAAGAGAUCAAGGUGAUUCACAAACACAUAAAUGAUCGACAACUGUCAACCACUUGAGAAUUUCUAUGAAAAAAUACGUAUUGUACACAUUUAUAGGAAUCCGUUAAUACUUCUCCAUUGUUAGACAAAAGAAUUCUAGAGAAUCUAUUCAUUAAGAACUAGUAAAUUGACCGGAAGAAAAGAUGACAAAUAGAUUAUUGAAGAUAACAAAUAAAUAAAAAUAUUAAAGAUGACUACCUGACCCUUGAAGAAUAAAUACCAAGAUUUUUGACGUGUCUGUGAAGAAUCUUUGUUAUCCUUGAACAAAAUAUCUAUGCAAACUAUCUGACGCAAGAUUUAUUAUGGAUCAAGGAGGAAGGAGAUACGUACUGAGCUCCAGGAAUCAAAGUGAUCACGACUUCGAGUAGCUAGCACCAAAAUAUUGUCAGACACUCUUCAGACAUGGAUCUGUAUAAAUAUGAAACUUAAUCUACUAAUUAUUCAAACACGAAAGAACCAAUGCGGAACCUCGAGUUUCGAGUUCAGAUAACAGCAAGUUACAUUCUUCUUGUUCAAACGCCUUACUUCCAUAAGUGUUCACUUGAAGAAUAUUGAAUGAUCUUGGAACCUUGAGAUCAUCGAACCUUGGUACUUUAAAACUUCAGGGUACCAAGCUCAAAAUUAAUCAUCCCUCGCUACAUGAAGUGAAAAAGCUCGAGUGCCAUGGCGAGCCGAAUAUGGAAGGUGUUAGCUCGGAGACGAAUCGAUGAGGGCCUCGAGAGCAAAAGCGAACUAGCUCGGGUUUUAGGCUUGUUCGACCUCACAGCACUUGGCGUGGGUUCGACCCUCGGCCUCGGUGUUUAUGUCCUCGCUGGCAGCAUCGCCAAAGAGACGGCUGGACCAGCCGUUUGCAUCGCCUUCCUCAUUGCAGCUAUCGCUUCCGGAUUUGCCGGAAUGUGUUAUGCAGAAUUUGCUUCUAGGGUUCCCAAGGCAGGAUCUGCAUAUAUUUACAGUUACGUGACAGUGGGAGAAUUCAUUGCUUUUAUCAUAGGAUGGAAUUUAAUUUUAGAGUACGUAAUAGGUACAGCAAGCGUCGCUCGAGGACUUAGCGGUUACUUGGAUGCGCUGACAGGAAAUGUGAUACGCGAGAAAUUGGAAGCCGCAAUGCCUAUAAACAUCUCGUUUUUAUCGAAAUACCCAGAUUUCUUUGCAUUCGGUGUAGUAAUGCUUCUUAUAAUCUUACUAAGCGCGGGGGUGAAGGAAUCGUCAAUUUUAAAUAAUAUAUUCACUGUAAUAAACCUGGUUACCAUUGCAAUAAUUGUAGUGGCGGGGUCCUUUAAAGCUGAUCCAGCUAAUUGGAGGAUAUCGGUGGACGAUAUACCCAAGAACAAACCCGAAAUACACGCAGGAUCAGGAGGCUUUAUGCCCUUUGGUAUAAGCGGAGUAAUGAUCGGGGCGGCAAAAUGUUUCUACGGUUUCGUCGGUUUCGAUGCUGUGGCAACUACCGGUGAAGAAGCUAAAAAUCCUCAACGCAAUAUACCCAUAGCCAUCGUUGUUUCCUUAAUUAUAAUCUUAAUGGCUUAUUUUAGUAUCUCAACUGUGCUAACUAUGAUGUGGCCUUACUACGACCAGAAUGUCGAUACGCCAUUUCCAUAUGUUUUCGAUAAAAUUGGAUGGACUACUGUUAAAUGGAUCGUUAAUAUUGGUGCGGCGUUUGCAUUAUGUACAAGCUUGCUUGGGGCAAUGUUUCCUCUACCAAGGAUACUUUACGCUAUGGGUAGCGAUGGGAUAAUUUUUAAGCAACUUGCAAUUGUACAUCCGAAAACAAUGACACCCAUUCUCGGCACAGUGGUCUCUGGUUUAUUUACAGGAAUCAUGACACUUAUUUUUGAUCUUCAACAAUUAAUUGACAUGAUGUCUAUUGGAACAUUGUUGGCAUACGCAAUAGUGGCGGUAUCCGUUUUAAUAUUAAGAUAUCAACCGAAGGAGUACGCAUCAAAUACUCGUUCUGUAUCAGCAAUGAAUGACUACAAGGUAACGUCAGUCAACAUAUUAAAACAAAUUAUUAAUUUACAGAAUCAGAAAGAAGUAACUGAGAUGUCUAAUAAAGUUGCAAAAUACAGUAUUGGAAUUUUAUGUAUUGUUAUAUUUAUUACUGCGCUUUUUAUUAAUUCUGUAGAUACCACAGCAUUAGGCAGCAAUGUGAUAGAAUUAGUAAUAUUAAUCAUACUUGUAAACAUAUUAUUAUUAAUUAUGAUUAUUAUUGCAAGACAACCUACUCAAGACAUUGAUUUAGCAUUUAAGGUGCCAUUAGUGCCACUUCUUCCAUGUUGCAGUAUUUUCAUAAACUUAUAUUUGAUGUUGCAGUUAGAUGGUUUUACUUGGAUCAGAUUCGCUGUUUGGAUGCUUAUAGGUUUUGCUAUUUAUUUCUUUUAUGGCAUAUCUCACAGCGAACAAGGAAAAAGAGAUAAAAGAGAAGCAGAAAUGUUAAAACGAAAGUACGCGGACCAAGUUAGAAUCGUAACCAGAUUCUAAUAAUUAUCUCGCCACAUGUGAUAUUUUUUUGUAUAUUUUAAUAAAAAUUGCUCAGAGAGAAUAAUCUUAGA